AUGGCCAACUCACAACCUUCUUCACAGUCUGCGACAAACUACAAGGAGGCUUUCUCCCUGUUCGACAAGCGAGGCAAUGGCCGCGUCUCUCUAGAUGCCUUGGGCGACCUGCUACGCGCCUGCGGCCAGAACCCUACCCUCUCCGAGAUCAGAGACCUUGAGAAGACCGUCGGCGGUGAUUUUGACUUCGAUUCUUUCAGCAAAGUCCUCAACCGCCCCGGUGGCUUCCGAGACCCUGGCGAGCCUGAAGAGUACUGCCGUGGCUUCCAGGUCUUCGACAAGGAUAUGACUGGCUUCAUUGGCGUUGGUCAGCUACGUUAUAUUCUCACGAAUCUGGGCGAGAAGAUGAGCGACGACGAGGUGGACGAGCUACUGAAGGCGGUUGACACCUCGAGUGGUGAGAUCAACUACAUGGAUCUUGUCCGUACCAUCUUGGCCAACUGA